AUGAUGAGGGGACACGGGGGUCAGCAGCCCGGUCAGGAGUACCCCGAGGGGGAAAUGGUGGAAAUCGACGUUCUUCAAGGCCAUCACCACCCGCACCAGCAGCAAUACCACGAACCCUACCAGAACGCCCAGGGCCAGAACCAAAACCAAUAUCAGGCCCAGAACCAGUAUCAAAACCAGAACCAGUACCAGGAGUACUCUCAAAACCCGUACGGCAGCCCCAGCCCGUACGAGAACGACGUCAACCAGUCCCAGGACUUCCCGUUCGCCCGCGCCCUCACGAACAACGCGCCCUCGCCGCAACCCCAACACCUCCAGCAGUUCCCGACGCCGCCUCAGCAGGCUCAGUUCGCCCAACCUCCCGCCAUCUCCGGCGGCGACGAGUACGGUCCUCCCGGCUGGGCAAACCGACACUCGUUCGGCAUGUCGGGUGCGCCGUCAAUCGGGCCCUCCAUCUCGGGGAUGGACACGCCCGUCGAGUCUCGCGCGGCCACGCCGACGUUGAAGAGCGGACAGCAGACGCCAUUCGACCACCUGCCUCCGCCGAGGCAUCCGUGGUCUACGGACUCAGCGCCGAACAGCCCAAUGAACCAGAGCCACCAGAGUUUGGCUGCUCUUCUUCCGGGACAAUCAUCGCCGGCUCUCACCAAGGAAUGGGUGGAAGGCAGCGACCAGAUCGCGAGGCUUCACAAGCGCGAUGACGCCGAAACCUGGAACGGUUGGAAACGCAAGUUCUUCAAGAUGGUUCCUCUCCUCAUCAUCCUCGCUACCGCCAUGUACCUCGUCUACCUCGCCCUGCGCAUCUACUGCGUUAUCUCUGCCCAGCAGCUCGCCAAGGAAAUCUACGCCCAGGCCUGGGUGUUCAUCGCCGUCGAGAUCGCGGUCGCCAUCCCCUCGCUCAUGCACAACAUCUGGACCAUGUGGUCGAUGAAGAAGCGCCACCGCCCCAAGCUCCGCCUCCAGGGCGACGACGUCCCCACCGUCGACGCUCUGGUUACGUGCUGCGGUGAAGAAGACGACCUGGUUCUCGACACCGUCCGCGCUGCUUGCGACAUCGACUACCCCAAGGACCGAUUCCGUGUUAUCGUGUGCGACGACGGCAAGUCGGCCGGCUUGGAGGCUGGAAUCGCGGCGCUGGCAAUGACCUACCCUAACGUCUACUACCUCGCCCGUCCCAAGUACCCCGGAGUUCCUCACCACUUCAAGGCCGGUAACCUCAACUACGCCCUGGACUUCGUGCACACGAUGCCCGGCGGUGCCGGUCAGUUCAUGGCUGCUCUCGACGCCGACAUGAUCCCCGAGCGCGACUGGCUCCGUGCCAUCCUGCCUCACAUGCUCAUUGACCCCAAGGUUGCUCUCGCGUGUCCCCCGCAGCUCUUCUACAACACUCCGCCUUCCGACCCGUUGGCCCAGAGUUUGGACUUCUUCGUUCACGUUAUUGAGCCCGUCAAGGACGCCCUUGGUGUCGCCUGGUGCACUGGUUCCGGUUAUGUCGUCCGUCGUGAGGCUCUGGAUGAGAUUGGCAACUUCCCUCUCGGUUCUCUGGCUGAGGACGUCGCGACUUCGACUUUGAUGCUUGGUAAGGGCUGGAAGACGGCCUACAUCCACGAGGCUCUUCAGUUUGGUACCGUUCCCGAGGACUAUGGCGGCCAUCUUAAGCAGCGUACCCGUUGGGCCAUCGGAACCGUCGACACCUCGUUCAAGCUCAACUUCUGCUUGUACGGUGACAAGGUCAAGCAGAUGACCGCUGCCCAGCGCUUCUCCGGUUUCCUGUACGCGACGCUCAGCUUGUACACCAUCCUCCUGACCAUCUCCAUGUUCGCCAUCCCCAUCAUUCUGGUCAUGGGCAAGCCCCUGGUCGCCUACGCCAACUACGAACAGCUCCGCUGGCUCAUCCGCGCCUGCUUCGCCGCCACCAUCACCAACCGUCUCUGCGAGUUCGCCCUCUUCAUCCCGGCCGGGUACCACACCGGACAGCGCGGCUCCCGCUACCAGCUCUGGAUGUCGCCGUACAUCGCCCUCUGCAUCAUCCGCUCCUUCAUCCUGCCCACCUGGCUCGGAGGCCAGACCCAGGCCUUCAAGCCCACCGGUUCCCUCGGUUCCGCCCUGAACGAGCGUGACGCCAAGACCCGCAAGAACAUGUUCCGCCGCCUCUGGGGUGUCCUGAUCAACUACAUGGCCAUCUUCCACCUCUCCUUCGUCUACCUCACCCUGGUCGGCGUCGUCCUGACCUCGUACCGCUCCUUCUACCAGAACGACGAGCUCCGCGACAUCCUCCUCAGCCUGGUGACGCACGCCUUCUGGCCCCCUCUGACCUUCAUCUUCAUCUGCAGCUCGCUGUGGACGCCGAUCGCUUACGCCAUCGACCCGCCUACCAUGCCGGACCGCGAGCAGCUCCUCGACCGCGACCCCAAGACCUUUGUCGCCCACCCGACAAAGCAGAGCAAGAAGAUCGCCUUCGGCGGCCAGGCCGCGUGGUUCGAGACGGAGCUGACCAUCACGACGGCGUACACCAUUCUCGUCUUCGUCUGCUCGUUCUUGUUUUAA